CAGAACGGUCGUGCCAGUAACGUGCUUUGAGUUGUCAUCGACAGUGUAGGCAAAUGCAGCUCUUUUUCACCGUUAAGCUGCCGAAAACCUCUUGGACUUACGAUGGUAGAUCCAGCGGUAUUAGAUAGUUAUCCUGAUCUGGACGCUCCGGAGCGUAUUCCCCGACAUUGGUCGCAAGAUGUCGACCAAAUGGAUUUCUUGUUGCACGACGAAGAUGCGCACCCGUUCAUUAUACACCGAGUGGAUUCGGCGGACAUAAUUUAUCAACCACGCAAGAAAAAAGCCAAGAUGGUGGGGAAAUAUCUCUUUGGAGACGUGCUUGGUGAGGGUUCGUACGGGAAAGUUAAAGAGGUGUUAGACUCGGAGACUCUUUGUAGGAGAGCUGUGAAAAUAUUGAAGAAAAAGAAGCUCCGAAGGAUCCCGAACGGGGAGCAGAAUGUGCGAAGAGAGAUACAGCUACUUAAGAGAUUAAAACAUAAAAACGUCAUCGAGCUUGUUGAUGUGCUUCACAGUGAAGAAAAGCAGAAGAUGUAUAUAGUGAUGGAGUAUUGCGUUGGAGGUUUACAGGAGAUGCUGGAGAGUAUUCCAGAGAGACGAUUCCCGCUCUGGCAAUCUCACGGGUAUUUUGUACAGCUUGCCAAUGGCUUGGAGUACAUUCACAGUCAAGGGAUCAUCCACAAAGACAUCAAACCUAGCAAUCUACUACUCACUACUUCAGGAAUUCUCAAAAUAUCAGAUCUCGGAGUAGCAGAGUUACUUGACCUUUACACCAAGGAUGACACGUGUCGGACAAGUCAAGGCUCACCGGCCUUCCAGCCUCCAGAGAUCGCUAACGGACUGGAAUGCUUUUCAGGUUUUAAAGUAGAUGUCUGGUCAUCUGGAGUGACGUUAUUCAACAUCACGACAGGUACAUUCCCAUUUGAAGGAGACAAUAUCUACAGAUUGUUUGAGAACAUUGGGAAGGGGGAGUUCACUAUGCCGCAGGGGGUAUCACCGCUACUGGCUGAUCUACUCAGUGGGAUGUUGAAAGCUAACCCAGAUGAGAGACUUGAUACACAAGAAGUAAAAAAUCACAAAUGGGUUCAGAAGAACUACCCAAAGGAAGGUGAAGAGGUUUCCCUUCCCCCUCUCCCUGACAGUGAUGAUCCACUCCGACGGAUGACCUCGUUACCGUACCUAGUAGAUAUGUUUGAUCCAACGGUAUCCGAAGACCCAACGAUGUCAGAGGAUGGUAGCUAUGGGGAGGGACUUGACGAUGGUCAGAGGUAUAUUGAAGACCCAGUUGAACCAGAAUUACUUCAAGAAGAAAUCACUAGAAUACCGGAGCCCGAACCAGUCGUAGAAGUGGCCGAAAAGAAGAAGAAAUCAUCACGGAAACCAAGGAAGUUGAGUACUUCAUGCAAGCAGAUGUAGACAACCAGCCAACUAGAGCUUAAAGAAACCUUCUGCCUUAUCAUCAACAGCUGAGUGGAAGGGCAUUGUUUUCCCUUUCAAAACAUCAACGCUGGAUUGAAAAUAUCACCCAGAGCAUCUACAUCAAAAUAUCGACAAAGAAUCAUACUAAAGUAGUUUUAUUCAAAGUGAUGUUUCUUUGCUUCUUGCAACUGAGCAAAAAAAGUUGCAUGCAUUAUUGAACUUGAGGCACUGGACACUAUUGGUAAUUACUCAAAAUAGUUUUUAGCACAAAAACUUUCUUGGUAAG